AUAACUUCCAUAACCUUCAUUAGUUUCUCCAGAAGAAACCUACAUCACUAGCUCCACUACCACAUUCAAGAAGCCUCCUUCAAUAAUCUUUCCCUUUUCCUGGGGAAUUUUCUCUCUGGAUUCAUUCCCGGAAAAUCAUUCACAAUUUGGAGACCAUAAAGAACACAUAAACAUGUCGCAGGACGUAAUUUCGUCUCAUGAGCAGCUCUCCAUGGAUGAGAUCACAAGUCCUCUCACCGCACAGAUCUUCGAUUUCUGCGAUUCACAGUUAUUUCAAGAAACCUUCAAUCAAACUUCUGAAGUAACCUCUGCUUCAAACGGUUGUGGCUAUGUCGAAAACAACAACACCAACAACUUUCCAGACAAAUCCAACAGUGGUUCGAAUCAAGAUCAUGAAGACAACAACGACAACGCUGAUUUAUCAAUCAUAUUCGAUUCACAAGAUGAUUUCGAUAACGAUAUCACAGCUUCUAUCGAUUUCUCUUCAUCCAUCCAGUUCCCAGCCUCCGAUCAACUCCAAGAGCAGUUUGAUUUCACCGGAAUUCAACUUCACCAGCCUCCGAACACUCUCUACUCUUCCUCCUCUGGUGACCUUCUGCCUCCGCCUUUAUCGGUUUUCGAAGAAGAUUGUCUUUCUUCUGUGCCAAGUUACAAUCUUGGUUCCAUAAACCCUUCUUCUCCUUCUUGCUCUUUUUUGGGUAAUACCGGUUUACCGACUUACAUGACCGUAACCGGGAAUAUGAUGAACACCGGUUUAGGAUCUGGUUUUUACUCCGGGAAUAUCCAUCUCGGUUCUGAUUUCAAACCAUCACAUGAUCAAUUGAUGGAAAUUCAAGCUGAUAAUGGUGGAUUGUUCUGUCCAGAUCCGAUUAAACCCAUCUUUAAUCCAGGAGAUCAUCAUCUCCAGGGACUUGACGGUGUCGAGAACCAGAACCACAUGGUGGCACAGCCGGUUCUCCCGCAGUUAGGGACGGAGAUAACCGGUUUAGACGACCCGAGUUUCAACAAAGUCGGAAAACUCUCGGCAGAGCAGAGAAAAGAGAAGAUUCAUAGGUAUAUGAAGAAGAGGAACGAGAGGAAUUUCAGCAAGAAAAUCAAGGUCUUUGUGCUUAACCAUCAUAACCGGAUUAAACCAGUGGUUAUCCAUAUACCGAUUUGUUCACAUGUUUUUUUUGUUAUAUUUUGUUGUAGUAUGCAUGUAGGAAGACGUUGGCAGAUAGUCGUCCAAGAGUUAGAGGAAGAUUUGCAAAGAAUGAUGAAUUUGGUGAACCAAAUAGACAAGCCUGUUCAAGCCAUCAUGAAGAUGAUGAUGAUGAUGUGGGGGUAAAGGAAGAAGAACAGUUAGUUGAUUCUUCGGACAUAUUUUCACACAUAAGUGGUGUGAACUCUUUCAAAUGCAAUUAUCCAAUCCAGUCUUGGAUUUGAGUUGGAUUACUUACUUGGUCUUAUGAUUUACAAAAAUAAAACAAAAAUAGUAUUGUUAUAGAGGUCUGUAAUUUGUAUAUUUAUUAGUACAUUUUUUGGCCAUGACUCAUAGUUUGUCGAAUAAGUAGAACAUAAGAAAAGAGAGAGAUGAAUAAUGGGUGUAGGCAGGUAAUCAUGAAUAAAAUUGUAGUGAGUGAGAGGGGUUGUUUAUGUUACAUAGAACAUUACAAAAUUUUGUAGAUAUAUAUUAUAUGGUAUGAUAAUUAUGAUGUCUAUUAAUGUAUUUGAUGGGUGUUGUAUAAAUAAUAAUCAUUUGAACAUUAUAAAUAAG